AGCUGCCUGACACUUCAGUUGUUUCUUAAAAGCCGGUCGAAGCUGUUGUACGGAGUCGGUUAGUGCGCGAUCGAUGUGAGAAUUUCUAUUUAUUGGUGCUCGCUACCAACAAUAACAGCAACAACAACACGCAUUAUCAAAGUGCGAUGCAUACGAAUUUGUUUGUCGAUUUACGAAGUUAUUAAAAAGAGAGUUCGAAAUAUAAUAAAAGUGAAUUUAUCCCGUGCGCGUGAAGAAUUGAAAUGAAAAAAGUAUAGGCGCUUAAUCUAAAGCGAAUGCUGAAUUAAACAAUAAAAGCGCAAAAUAUUUACAAUUGUUUACAUUCUUGUGGAGCCUCCUCCAAAAAAAUAAUAAUUAUCCACUGUGAAAGGUGAAUUAUAUUAAAUCGAAUACGAAGUUAAUGCAAAGCAACAAACAACGAAAUUUGAAGUGAAGUACACACAACCUAUUUAGCGACGAAAAUUAAAGUGGCGUUGCAGAAGAAAAAGAAUAUGAGCAAGGCAAAGCUAGUAAUUGAAGUGAAGUGAAAGAAAGUAACACGAAACUAGUGGCUAAAGUGUGGAAGAAGCAGCGCGGAGGCAAGCAAAGCAAAGCAAAUGUCGAAAAGUCUGUAAGUGUGUAGCAGAGAAGUGCAAAUGCAAUUGGAGUAAAUACAUACACGACAUACAUACAUACAUACAGAAAUAAAUAAAUAUGUAAUGAGUACAGUGUUGCGCUUUGAAAUUGUUACAAAUUAAUUUAAUUGGAGUACUCAACAAAUGAAGUGAAAUACAAAUACAAAAGAAAUAUACCUAUAUUGAAAAUAACAAAACAACAAAAGCAUAACCUAAACGAAUUCGAAGUGUAUGUGCAAGUAUACAUUGAAAAAAAAUGAAAUAAAUCAAGUGAAAUUGAUGUGAGCGGAAAGUGUAAUUGAAACAAAGUGAGAAAUUAAAAUAAAAUAAUUGAAAAAAGUUAUUAUUAUUGUAAACAACUGAAAUUAAAUGGAAUACUGCAGGCACAACUGGCAGCCAACAAACUUGUGUUAGUGCUAAUGCUGAAACGUGCUAAUUAAUAUUCAAAUAUAAAAAAGCAAUUCUCAACGCUUUUAUUGCGAAAGUUCUCCAGUUGUCUUGCUGAGACAAAUUCUACGUAAAGUGCUCGAAGAAACGUGUUAUUUAAGCUGCAUGAUUAUCUGAAUACAUAAAUACAUUGUGUAUACUGUGUCUCGGUGCUUAAGGUUAAAACAACGGUUACUUGCGAUUGAUUGCAUUUUUGUGGAUUUAAAUUCGUUGAAAAAUAAAUUCGCUAAUUCGCUAUACAGUCAUACGUAGAGACAUACGUGCAUAUGUAUGCAGAGUGAUACAACAGGUUAUUUGGCUUAUACAAAUUGCUCCAACAACAAUUUAUUGAUGAGAUAUUUUUAGUAUUUCCUCAAUAGACGUAACACACGCGUAAGCUAUUUGAUCUCACAGGCGGUAUUCGAUUCGAUUGAAACGGGAGUUGUUUUGCGCUGGCGGAUCAAAGCAGCUGUUGCUCCGUGCCACAAACACGCAUACGAAUAGACGAAUGAAUGGCGCAAUAAAUGCACGCAAAUGUGCAACAUUAUACGCAAAUAUGUAAAAGCCAAUGUCAACAGUGAAACAACUGCCACAGCAACAGGAACAACAACACCUACAACAAAAUCAACAACAACCAGCUGCAGCAGCAAUAAGAGCACAUAACAAAGUAUAAAAGCAGGAAAUCACAUUUUGAGAUUUACAAGGCGAAAGAAAACAACAAAAAAAUACAAUAAAUACUGAAGCAGCAACAACAACAAACAAACCAACAGCAGCAGCAAAAAAAAAACACAACAACAGUUACAAACCGUCAACCAUCAGUGUUCUGCUAAUUACAAAGUGACACAAUAUUUGCUGCUAAGUAGCGCUGGUAUUAUCGCAAAAUAAGAACCAACAACACAAAGCGGUAAACACAACCGUUAACUCCCAAAGGCGACAAAAUAAUCAAAAAGCAAGCCAACAAAUAACGAAUAUACACAAACGAACUGUCAGCAACGCAAAGGAUACACGACAAGGACGUUAAUUAAUCACAAGCUUGUGCUGAAAACGAGCUUGCCACACAGCAACAACAACAACAACAACAACACUACAACAAACAUACAUAUACGCGCUCACGCGGCAAACAAAGCAAUCAGCAACACGCCCAAAACAAACCCGCCGACCCAGCAGCAACAACAGAAAGCUUAGCACAACAACAACACAGAUUGUGUUAACGCGAGCUGACAGACAGACAAACAGUCAUACCGAAAGCGGAUAGCUAACGGUCAGUCAUUGCCACAUUGCGGCGCAUUGCAGAGACGAGUUAAUAAUACGCCUGUUGCGGACGUCAGCAACCAGCACGCAUUGUAAGCACGCAGCAGCAACAGCAGGCAAUUAUCGGUAAUAGCGGACAGUUGAGAAGCUGUAGCAGCCGGAAAGGCAGUUGCACGCCGCGCCACAAAGGUAAAUGCGUGCAACACGAAACGGCAUUACACACGCCAGCAACGACAUGUUAAGACACAUUGAUAGUGGUGUGGCAAGUUGUUGCAGCAGCGACAGCAACAAAAACACAAUGCACAAUCAGCAGCAUUAUCCAGCGAGUUGCGAAAGCAGCAGCAACAGCUACAACAAUACAACAAAACACAGCAAACACCCGGCGCUACAACAACGCCAACACAGCGCGCGCUCUUCCUUCACACCGCUCGUGCUGUUCACACAAACACUCUUCGCGCUGCUGCUGCUCGCCAGCAUCGCACCCACGGAUGGCAACCCCGAUUGGAUGCAACACUGCAGCAUGUGCCAUUGCAAUUGGAAUUCGGGCAAGAAGACUGCCGAUUGCAAGGCGCGCUCACUCACCGCCAUCCCCGACGAUCUGAGCAACGAAAUGCAGGUUGUGGACUUCUCGAAUAAUCUGAUACCGGAAUUGAGGCGUGAAGAGUUCGCCGACGCGAAUUUACAGAAUCUGCAUAAGAUCUAUCUGCGCAAUUGCACCAUACAAGAGGUGAACCGUGAUGCGCUCAAAGGUCUGACCAUCCUCAUCGAGCUGGAUAUGUCGCAUAAUUUCAUCAGCGAGCUGCAUGUCGGCACUUUCGCGGGCCUGCAGAAAUUGCGUACGCUCGUUAUGAAUCACAAUGAAAUUGAGGUGCUGGAAAAUUAUCUCUUUGUCGAUUUACCGUUUCUGUCGCGCAUCGAAUUCAAAAACAAUCGGCUGAAGCAAGUCGAAGUGCACGCAUUUGGUCAACAACCGAUGUUGUCGGCCAUCUACCUGGAGGCGAAUGCGUUGUAUGUGUUGCGCAAAGAGACCUUCUCGCGCAUACCCAAACUGGUGCAUCUGUCGUUGGCGCAGAAUCCCUGGAAUUGCACUUGCGAACUGCAGGCCUUCCGUGAUUUCGCGCUCGCCAACCGCCUGUACACACCGCCCACAGACUGCGCACAACCGCCAGCGUUGCGUGGCAAGCUAUGGACCGACAUACCAUCGGAGAAUUUCGCCUGUCAACCACACAUACUCGGUUCGGUGCGCUCUUUCGUCGAGGUGCAAUCGGAUAAUAUAACACUGCCGUGUCGCGUCGAAGGUUCACCGCGUCCGAAUAUCACCUGGAUCUACAACCGACGCACCAUCAAUCCGAACGAUGCACGUUUCCGUGUGCUCAACUCCAUCGAACAGCAGCCGGUCAUCAGCUCCGAUCCGCUCGAGUCGGUCACCUCUGAGUUGCGCAUAUUCAAUGUGCGCGCCAGCGAUAAGGGCGUCUACACGUGCGUAGCGGAGAAUCGUGGCGGCAAAGCGGAAGCGGAAUUUCAACUGAUCGUCGAUGGCGACUUCUUUGGCGCACUCGAAGGUAUCGGUGUCGGUAUGGGCGCCUCCACUACAGACACGCAAUCGAAUUUCCUACUCGUCAUCUGUUUAAUUGUCAUCACGGUGCUGUUGAUACUCAUGUGCAUACUACUCAUUGCCUGUUGGUAUUGUCGGCGUGCACGCUCUUAUCAAAAGGAUGCGACAAUGAUGAGUGAAAACGGUUUGAUAUCGACGAAAAUGGAUAAGACGAAUAGUUCGAUGCUUGAGGGUUCGGUGAUAAUGGAAAUGCAGAAGAGUCUGCUAACCGAAGUGAAUCCGGUUGAGAAGCCGCCGCGUCGCACCGAACUGGAGAAUGUCGAUGGCAGCGAUGAGGGGCAUGAAAUCAAGAAGACACUACUGGAUGAAUCACAAUUCGGCAAUCACCCGCGCGACGAUGAAACCCACUCAGUCGCUCUGUCGGAUGCCACAGCACCACGCGUACGCCACACAUACAUCGACGACACCUACGGCACCAGCCUGCCACCCGAUCUGCUCGCCUUCCCAGCACGCGUGCCACCCACAUCACCCUCCAUGCAAUCGUCGCACAGCAAUAUACCCGAGCAAAUCAUCUAUGGCAUACGUUCACCACCGCUCACUAGCCCCGUGUACGCGCACAUGACACCACAUGGCAUCUACGGCACCACCACCAUCGCUGCGGCUACACCGAACGGUUUCAUGACACUACAACAUCCGAAAUCGCGCAACUUGGCGCUCAUCGCGGCCGCCAACAAUCGUCAACAGCUGCAACAGCAACAUGUACACGCCCACCUGCCGCUACAGCAUGGCGCACAACAACAGCAAUCACCAUUCUUGCCAGCGCCUGUUAUGUACUCACCAACCACGGCGGUGGUGAUGAAGCAAGGCUACAUGACGAUACCGCGCAAACCGCGCGUUCCCAGCUGGGCGCCCUCCACAUCCACCACGAAUGCCACACAAUUGAGCGAAUUCCAAUCGCCCACAUCGCCAAAUCCCAGCGAAACGGGCACCGCCACCACCGCUGAACUGGUAGCGGAGCCGGUCUACGACAAUCUCGGACUGCGCACCACGGCCGCCGGCAAUUCGACGUUAAACUUGCACAAAGUACAUCCGGAGGCGAGCAGCGGCGCUGCAACAUCGACGCGUUACACAAUGCGCGAUCGCCCCUUGCCGGCAACGCCGAGCCUUACAUCGGUCGCCUCGUCGAGCGCAUCGGCGGCGGCCAUGCAACAGCCACAGCAGCAGCAACAACAGCUACACACGCCAACAAAACAAAACAAGGGUGUAGCGAGCACAUCUGCGGCGGCAGCAGCAGCGUCCGCCUCGAAAAUUUAUGAGCCCAUACAUGAGCUGGUGCAUAAUCAUCAUCAUCUGACAACGACCUCCGACACGGAGCCGCUUUAUGGCACCGCGCGACAUCACAACGGUCUCACCAUUGUGCCGAGCGUCACGAGCGGCAGCAGCGCGUUGAACACUUCCACCAGCACCAACGCGUCGACGGGUGAGCCCACAAAGUUGGCGAAAAUACCGCCACGCCCACCACCAAAACCCAAGAAGAAGAUGUCAGUGACAGCGACACGCGGCGGCCAAGGCAGCACCAGCCAACUGUUCGACGACGAGGGCGAGGACGGUACUGAAGUUUAGUUGCAAGACAACAAUGGCGGCGACGCGGACAGCAACAAGCAGAGCGGCGACGCCACCUAAAAGUUUGUGUGCGAAAAAAAUGGCAGCGUAUAAUGAACCAUAUGUGGAAAUGCAGUGCUGGAAGCAGACUCACACACAUAGGAGAAAUGUAUGGUAAAUGUGCGAAAGUUUAGUGUAUAGGUAUGUAAGUAAGCACUACAGUACGUAUGUAUUCAUAUAUUAUAUGUAUAGAUAGGUAUGCAUGCAAUAGUUAGUUGGAAAAUAAUUGGAAAUCAACUAAAGAAAAGUGCGCGAUUCGCUGACGCCACUGCUGAGGAUGGUGAAUUCAGGAGGUGGGUGUGUUGAGGUGUCAAUGUUAGUGGAAUUUUUAGUUUCAUUUUGCAGAGGAGAGUGAAAAGGUAGUUGCAGAUCUGAUAUGUGUCUGUCAUAAAGGGCAAAAAAGUUGUGUUGUUACCAUAGCAAAUGUUUGGGCAUCCUGUAAUCCAAUAUUCCAUUUUAAAGUUUUAUGAUGUGACCAAAAAGUGUUGGCUUGUCAGUCUGAGUAUUCAUUUUAAUACUCAUCAACUUCAAUCUUAUUGCUAUAAAUCAAAUUUUCACUUUUUUAAUAAAUUUGAGCUUAAAGCUCAUGCUUUCUUGUUGUUGUAAUGCCGAAAAGCAUUCACAAAAUAAUUUUGACAGUCCUUGACCGGAUAAAAACUCCUUUAGGUUACGUAUACCCGACCUGAAAUCGGAAAAGCUCAAAGGACAUGAGCUCAGCUUAGUUUAAAGCUUGAGCUAAGCAUUCACCAAAUAAUUUUGACAGUCGUUGACUGUAUACAAACCCCUUCAGGUUACGUAGACGCGACCUGAAAUCGGAAAAGCUCAAAGCUCAUGAGCUUUAAAGCUCAGCUUAAUUUAAAGAUUGAGUAAUACAAAAACAACAUAUACAUUAUGAAACAUUGUUAUAAAAUGUGUGGUGAAAUAAUCAAAAUGGUGUGGUGAAAUAAAAAUGGUGUGGUGAAAAGUCAAAUUUUAAAUUUUUACAAUGAAAAAGCUUUUUUGAAUUCUGAAAAGUUAAAUUAAAACAGUUUUCGAUUUGGCUUUUAUUAGUCAACUAUUCAUUAUCUUCAUAUUAUUUAGGGAAAUAUUGCCCUAGAAUCCAAUUUUUUAAUCAAAAAAGCUUGAGUAAACCAUUAAAUCACUUAUACUCAUUUUAUACCACAACUAUCGCCUAAGCCACUGUCUGUCAGUCAAACCACCAACACUGCUAUGUCCAUAGCCAAAUAAAACUGUCCUCAACCCAACACACCACUCGAAUUCACCACCUCACAGUUGAAAUGUGGCUAAUCGCGUGACGACUUGUGUGCCAAACGACUGAUGUAGAGUUUAGUAAAUUACACAGAAAAUUACAAAUAGCAAAACAAAACCCGAAAAAAGCAUAGAGAACAACACUUUUAGAAAACAUGAAAUUGCAAUAAUGGAAAUGUAGAAGAAGAAGACGAAUACGAAUGAAGAAUGAAGAAAAUGCAACUAAAAGGACUUUCAUACUUAAAAAGUAGUAGUGCACAAUUUCAAAGAACAAAUUAGUACACAACUUUUGUUUUUUGCUUUGCUACUUUUCGUUGUUGUUGUUGUUUUCUUGCGAUUUUCAAUUUUAACUACAACAAACAUUUUUUUAAUUGAGCAACAAAAAAAUAGAAAAAGUAAUAAAGAAAACACUUAAAAUUGGCGCACUUUGCAACAGUGAAUGAAAGAAAGGAAGAGCGAAAGCGGAGUGAAAUCGAGCGGAAGUGCUGAAAAAGCGUUGCAGCUGCGAAAGCUUUAAGCAGGAUGAAAGCUGUAACGCUAGCUGGAGGCGAAGAAAAUUGAGAUUGCAGUUGGAAAUGUGGUGCAAUGAACUCGCAUAUAUACAUAUAUCCGCCGAUUAUUUGCCAAGUGUGGAUUUCGUUGAUUUUGCCUUUUGCUUAUUUUUUACCAUACUCCCUUUAACAACAACAAACUUUCACAUUAAUUCGAGAAAAAGCUGCAAUUUUUUUACAUAUUUUUUUACACUUUAAUUGUAAGUACAGUAGCGUGUAUGUACAUUCUUAGCUAGGUAUACAUUUGUAAAAAGGUAAGAAAAAAAACGGAAAAAACAAGAAAAACAAAAAAUGAAAAAUGAAAAACGAAAAAAGUGAACAAGCGAAAAUCUAAAUUUAGUAAAGUUUAACUUUAUAAAAUAAUUUAAGGCGAAAUUUUCAAAUUAUAGACGAAAUGUGUAAAACUGAAGCAUAAGUAUGAGAUGUAUGAGUAAAAUAGGUGAUAAGUGAUCUAAGCUAAGCAUGUUUUAGUACUACUACAUAGGCAUGUAUAUGUAAUUAAAGUAGAGUUAAGCAGAUACUUGUAAUGAAUUUAGAGUGUAAUGAAAGGAGAAAAAAAAGAAGUGAAGCGAGCUCGAUUGUGCGCUUAAAGCAAUGUACAAUAUUUAAGCGCAAUGCAUUUUAAAGCUAACAGAUUUAUAUAUAUGUAACAUACAUACAUACAUACACAUAACGGCUAAUUGUUUGUAAUUAUUCAUGCAUAAAUAUUACAACAGCAAAGCGUUGUACAAUAAAAGCUGGCAGAAUUUACAAAAAUAUGCAUAAUUGAAAAAAAUCAAAUAACAAUAACAACAAAACACUUUUUAAAAAUGUAAAUUAAUAUUAUUAUUAAUUUUAAGCAUUUUUUUUUCGCCACGAAAAUUAAUUUCACACAUACAAACAUACGAGGACAGUGAACAAAUGCAGAGGAGAAUAAGUGUAAAUAGUUUAGAUUGCAUGUGUUUGUGCAAUUUAUUGCCGAUAGGCUGCUAAAUAAUGCAAAUCGUAUGUGUACAAUUUUUAUUCUGAAAAAAAAAAAAAUAUUGAGAAACAACAAUUACCGUUUGCAAACAAAUAGCACAAUUAUGCCGAAAUCCUGCAGCUAAUUUGAAUUAAAAUUGUAAUUUAUUAAAACUGCAUGCAAAAAACAAGCAUACAUAUAGCAUAGUGUUAGAAAAAAUGCGCAAAUAUUAAUUGAAACUGUAUAUACGAAGCACACACACACAAACAUAUAUACAUACAGAAUACAGAUACUUAUACACAAAACUAAUCAACAAAUAUUUUAUAACCCAAUUGAAAAUAUUCGAUGUAAAGCGUUUGUAUUUUUUUUUUUUUUUGAAUAUUUGAACUCAAUUAAUGUUAAUUUUUCUUUUUCAUUAUUGAAUUUUUUAUUAAUUUUUAUGAAAUUUUUUCGACUUUAUAUUUUUCCCUUUACACUUCAAAUUCUCAAAUUUUUAGUCGCUUUUAAGUAAGCAAAAUUAUUGCAACUUUAUUUAAAUAUUUUGUAUUUCAUAAACUUAAAAAAAAAAUAAGAAAUUCAUUUGAAAAUGUUGUGCAACAUUUGUAUCGGCAACAUGUUGCUAGCAAUAUUUUAGUUUUCUUCCAAUUGUAUUCCACAAUGAAAAAAAAACAAAAAUUAAAAAAUUGAAAGUUUAACAUUUCCAUGCUCAACGUGUUGCUAGCAAAAUUUUAGUAUUGUAUUCCAAAAUUACAAAAAAAAAAAACAAAAAUUAUACAUUUCAAAAAUUCAACGUUUGGUAGCGACAUUUUCCAAAUUUCCAUCCUCAACAUGUUGCUAACAUUUUAAAAUUCUUAGAAUUUUAGUCAAAAUUUAAACAAAAACAAAAAUUAUAUAUUUCAAAAGUUUAAUCUUUGCUUGCAACAUAUAAAUAUUUCUCAGUUUUCAUUAUAAAAUGUAAAAAAAAAAAAUAAUAAAUAAUUUCAAAAUUGUCAAAUUUCCAUACUCAAUAUGUUGCUAGCAACAUUUAAAAAUUCUUAAAAUUUCAUCCCAAAAUUAAAAAAAUACGCUUCAACAGUUUAACCAUUGCUAGCAACAUUUUACAAUUUUUCAGUUUUCAUUUUAUAAUGUAAAAAAAAAGUAAAUAUUUCAAAAAACAUUUGCAUUCGCAACAUGUUGCUGGCAGCAUUUUAAUUUUCAUUCCAAAUUCAUUUUUUUCCUAGAUAAAAUAUAAUUUUUGUAAAAUUUUAACAUUUCAAGAGUUUAACACUUAGCAACAAUGUUGCACAACAUGCUAGCAACAUUUAAAAUUUUAAAGUUUCAUGAAAAAAUCUAAAAUUAAAAUUUAAAUAUAAAUGUCUGAAAAACAAAUUUAAACUUAACAACAAUGUUGCGCAACAUAUAGCACUUCGUGAUUUUCCGUCAUUAUUAAAACCAGUAGCAGCAAAUUAUAUAGUUUUACUAAUAAAAAACGCCUCCCAACAGCAACUCAGCUAACACGCUACUGCAAUUAAAUCCACUCUACGUAAUUUGCGCUCCAUAAAAUAUUUACUUCAAACUGUUAUUAUAAAUUUGUUGCAUUUUCGUAAAGAAUGUACAAAUUUUAAAAAUACGAAAUCAAAACAAGUUGUGCCUGUCGUUAAUUGUGUUCUAUUACAAAAUUGUGUCUAUGAUGUAUGCAUUUAUUUGAAAAAAAAAAAAAAAAAAAAAUGCGAAAUUUGUGAACCCAACGAAUUUUUAGCAGCUAGCAGCUAACGCUAUUUUUUAUCAAAAAUUUAUUUUUGUGAAAUUUCGCACAAAAAAUUAAAAAAAUAUAUUUAAUUUUAUUAGUUUAUUUAAUUAUACGAUUUUCUAACAUUACAUUUUUGUAUAAAUUUAUUCUAUAUCUUAAUUUAUUUUAAGUUUAGAAUUAUGAAAUUUUUUUAAGUUAAUUUAAGCAGUGUUUUGGUACUACAGCUCUCACUCGUUUGGUUCAGCCUUUGCAUUAUAUACAUAUAUAUAUAUAUAUAUUUCAAUAAUUAAUGUAUAUUUUUUAAGCUCAUUAGUUUUAUUUUUUUAACACGAAGGCAACCGACUUUAGCAUUUGUAAGCCAAGCGUUUUAAACGCAUAAAUUAUUCUACUUUGUUUUUAAUUAUUUUAGUUUUAUUUUUUUGUAUUUUUUAGCUACG